AAACUCAACGCAAGCAACUCACAGCAAUGCAGUGCUUAAGUUUCUAAACAUCACAACGGAUUUCCCAGCACUUUUCAUCACGAAGCCACUCAAACAAUCAAAGGACUUUAAACACUGCAACAUUUCAGAAUCACGGAAUCAUGCCACGGUCGUUUCUGGUGAAAAGUAAGAAGUCUUAUAAUGUGCAUCGACCAAACGACACCGAACAAGCUCCGCAGAAACUCCCGGAAUCAGAAACCAAAACAAUCCCAGUGCUGGUCCCUCUGGAACCAAAAGAGUGUAAAUCCCCAGAGCGGCCUCAGGUAGAUCCAGUGACCCGUCCGUCCCACAGAGACCCGUAUGACUUCAUCAAGUGUGAGCGAGAGCCUGACUGCCCAAUCCCAUCACUCCCCGAGCUGCCUGCCGCCACCAGACGCCCCUUUUACAUAUCCGAGCCUCAGCUGGCAGAGUUUCCUCCAUACUACAAGAGCUCUUUUGGCUGGGAUCAUGGUCCGGCCUCAUAUCAGGAGUUCAGACAUAUGGGCUUUUCUCCGUCUCUCCUCCAUCACGCCAGCAGUCUGUAUGGAGCUCAUCUGAAGCAGAGCACAGAGCCACAGCCGCUGGACUGCAGCACUCACUACUCACCCUCCUCCAACACAUACCACUGCAUCACCUGUGACAAGGUGUUUUCCACGCCUCAUGGGCUGGAGGUUCAUGUCCGCCGCUCUCACAGUGGUACAAGACCUUUUGAAUGCAGCAUCUGCAGAAAGAGCUUCGGCCAUGCAGUCAGCCUAGAGCAACAUAUGAACGUCCACUCACAGGAAAGAAGCUUUGAGUGCAAAAUGUGUGGUAAAACCUUCAAGCGCUCCUCGACCUUGUCCACUCACUUGCUGAUCCACUCAGACACACGGCCAUAUCCCUGUCAAUACUGCGGGAAACGCUUCCAUCAGAAAUCCGACAUGAAGAAACACACCUACAUCCACACAGGUGAGAAACCUCACAAAUGCCAGGUGUGUGGCAAAGCCUUCAGCCAGAGCUCCAACCUCAUCACGCACAGCCGCAAACACACCGGAUUCAAGCCGUUUGGCUGUGAGAUCUGCUCCAAAGGCUUUCAGAGGAAGGUGGAUCUUCGCAGACAUCACGAGAGCCAGCACAGCCUUAAAUAACAGAAGUUGAUGGACAAUGAGGGGGAAAUGAAGGCGACAGAUGGCUGUUAUAUGCAAGCAAAAGCUCCUGUUUCAUAGGAAAUUGUUUCUAAGUAAACUCGAGUUUAAGGAAUCGUUAACGCACAAAACAAAAGUCAAAUUCCAUCAUCGUUUACUCACUCUGUUGUUGGUAAUAUAAAAUGAAAUUGUUAAUGGAAAAAGAGCUCAAAUUAAAGGGAUUUUUAAGUAAUUUUGAUAUUUUAUAUAAAAAUACUUUAAUAAAUGCUGGUAAUGACUGACAUAGUUAUUUUUUUUACAACUGUGGAAGUCCUACUGGGUGAAUAAAUGGGUGCCAUCAUUCAGCAUUCUUCAAAAUAUCUUCUUUUGUGUUCAACAGAAGAAAGAAACACUUAAAGGUUUAAAACCCAUGAAGUAAAAUAAAUGAUGACAGAAUUUCCAUUUUUGGGUGACCAAUCCCUUUAAAACUACACUGUAAACCCUGCUGUUGUCUGUACUAAAAAUAUUAAGUUAAUAUAACUUAACAUUACUUAAAAUAUCAAGUUUUGGCAUCAAAACUUAAACAGGUGUGUUUAACUUACUCUUUAGGCAGCAAAAAACUUCUGUGUCUCUGUUUAAAAUGAUUAGUUGCGCUUGAAAUUCUGCCCUGACAACUGCGCUGAUUGGUCGAUAUUUGUUAUGUGACACAAGGUAGUCAUUUUGCUUGUGAUGCUGAAUUUUGCUGAAGCGCAGCAGGACAGAGGCUCUACCUGAACCCAUCUGACAAAAGAGAAAAGUUAAAUUAGUAAGUAGAUAUUUAAAUGCUUAUAUACAUUUUCUUAAUUAAUAUACACGCAGGGGCGACACGGUGGCUUAGUGGUUAGCACUGUCGCCUAACAGCAAGAAGAUCGCUGGUUCGAGUCCCAGCUGGGUCAGUUGGCAUUUCUGUGUGGAGUUUGCAUGUGUUCGUGUGGGUUUCCUCCAGGUGCUCUGGUUUCCCCACAAUUCCAAAGACAUGCGCUAUUGGGUAAGCUGUAGUGUAUGUACUGGUCCUCCACGUUGUGGCAUGAGUGUUGGGCUAACGACCCACCGCGUAAAAAUUAGAUGUUACAAAACACCAACAAGGUGUGGUUAAAUAUCAACUUUGAUAUAAACUGCCUUGGGAGUAAGUAAAGAAUAUAAAAGCUAAAAAAUUUGGAAGUUUAGUCUAAUAGCCAUUUUAAGUUAUCUGUAAUUUAACAUUUAAGUAAAUUCAAUGAAGAGACCACAUUUGGUCAACUCAAUUAAUCGAGUUGCCAAUUUCCUAUUACUCAAAUCAACUGAGGGAAUCACUUUCCUCAAAUUAUUUGAGUAGUCUCAACUUACUAGGGUUUACAGUGUAGAGUCAUAAAAAUGACAAAAGAACAUGGCAUUAAAAUAAUAAAAUGGGACAAUAAUCUUAAUUUCACCCCUAUGCCAGUUACAGAGCUUUAAGCUGACUUAAAACUGAUUGUCUGUAUUCUGACCAAUAAUUCAUCAAAGCUACAAUCUGACCAGGAAAAUACACAAUAAAUGUCAAUUUAACUAUUAAGUCAUCCAAAUGUACACCAUGAAGGACUUCAAAGAUUUUUCUGUUAUUUGUAAUCAUAUUUCUUUUUAAAUGCAUUAAAAUAUUCUGUUUAUUUUCAGAUUGAACCUUUUUUGU